AUGCGCUUCAGUGCUGCCAUUGUUCUCGUCGCCGGAGUCCUAGCCGCGGCUGUACCGAAUGCUUGUCUGUCACCGAGCGACGCCGAUAGCCUGGUCAAGGUCUACCGGGACCUGAUCGCCGCGUACGAUCCUGCCGUGGCUGACAAGUACCUCGCCGAUAAUUUCAUCGAGUACAGCGACAGCAUCAACAUUCUCGCCGGCAUGCCACUCGGAAGCCCUACCUUUCCCUCCAAGGAUGUGUUCAAGCAAGUCCAGAGCGUCAACCCGCCUUUCCCUCUUGCGGUAGAGAAGGUCACUGGAGUUGCCUGCAACACGAUAUCGCUCAUUUGGAGCGGCGCCUUCGGACAGGCGGCCAAAAGCGUGAGAGGCAUUACUGUCAUCACUGCGGCCAAGAAGGACGGUGCAAAGGGCUGCUGGAAGAUCUCCAGACUUGAUGUCGAGUUCAACUCAAUCGCCUGGCUCGAGGAUGAGGGAGGAAGCUACCAGUUGCCCCCGCGGCCUACCGCUUGA